AGCUUCUCAUUCUAAAAGCCAUCCACUCCUGCUAAUAACUGCUCAUAAUUCCUAUCACCAUCUUCGUUUUUUUAUUGCUUCUUCAAAAGUCCACAUAGCUUGCCAAUAUUGUUGACUUUGAAACGGUUUGGUUUUAAUUUCUUGAUCCAAGUUUAAUUUCUUGAUAGCUUGAAGAUAUGAAGGUUACAUCCGAGAAAAGAUAUGCUCUUUUGCAAGCAGCAAGGGACUCUGACUAUGUAAAGAAAGUUUACGGAGGGUACUUUAAUGUGUUUGUUGCAGCUUUUGCUGAAGAGGGAGAAACAUGGGACUUGUUUAGAGUUGUUGAGGGGGAGUUUCCUGACAUGAAUGAGCUUCACAAAUACGAUGGCUUUGUAGUUACUGGCAGCCCUUAUGAUGCCUACGGAAAUGACUAUUGGGUUCUCAAGCUUUGCUUCAUCUUGCAAACUCUAGAUGCCAUGGAGAAGAAAGUCCUUGGAAUUUGCUUUGGUCAUCAGGUUUUGUGCAGAGCGCUGGGUGGAAAGGUUGGAAAAGCAUAUUCUGGGUGGGAUAUUGGGUUAAGGAGAGUGAGCAUAGUGAAGGAUCUGUCACCAUGCAGCUUCCCAGGAGACUUAACAGAAAUCCCUCCCUCGCUAUCAAUAAUCGAGUGCCAUCAAGAUGAGGUGUGGGAGGUGCCAUUAGGAGCUGAAGUGAUUGCAUUCUCAGACAAAACUGGUGUGGAGAUGUUCACCAUUGGAGAUCACAUCUUGGGCAUUCAAGGCCAUCCCGAGUACACCAAGGAUAUUCUUUAUAAUCUCAUUGAUCGCCUUCUGAGUAACAACUGCAUAGAGAGUGCUUUUGCCGAAAAGGCCAAGUUUGGAUUGGAGAUAGCUGAACCAGACAGAAAAUGCUGGGAAAAGAUCUGCAAGAACUUUCUAAAGGGUAGAUAAAAAGGUUAACGUUGUAGACUGAUGUGAACUUUUUUUUUUUUUUUGUUCUAUCAUCGUUUUCACAAGACUAGCUAAACAAAGAGCGAUUAGCUAGCUCGUGAAUCAACGUGCGUGUCUAAUGUAUGUCCUCUUCUUGAUGAUUUUAAUGAAUCAGAUAACUUGGUGAGGAAAGACUAAAUUUGAGUUGAUUAA